UCUCCACAAGAUGGAGGCCAUUCACGCUGCGUUCUCUGGUGCCUUCUCUUCCUCCUCCUCCUCCUCCUCUCCACUGAACCUCUCCCUUGUUGUGUUGGGACGAUCUCAUCGUCUGGUGGAGUUCAUGAAAGUCGGCACUCAAAUCACAGUCUCUCACGAACUACUCCACACCAUCACCACUCUCCUUACAUCUCCCAUCCCUACCGGAUUGAGGGUGCUAGUGGUGGGGACGUGACGGUGGAAGAGGGCGUGGCUCUGGAAGACCCUCAGUUCCUGGGUCUUCCAUCUCUUCCUCAUCACCACCUCGUCCCUCUAUUGGACUGCGACGCCACACUCUCCUUCCUCAAUGCCAGCAACAUUCACAAAUUGGGAGUGGCCAGUUCUCCCUGCCGUCCAACGCCUCUUGUGUCAGUUCGACAGCUCCAGCACGGCCAUCCAGUGCCUGCGACCAUGGCAGCUUGCUCUGUCCGAUCACAGAGACCUUCUGCUUGUCGUCAGACAAGACCAUCUCCUGGACUGCGCAUCAUGGCCCCGUUACCAGUCAAUGGCAGCGCUGACACGGAGCUGUGACCGUGGCGUCUGAAGGACUAGUCAAGCUAAUUUAUUGCAAACUGCAGCA